AUUUUUAUCCUUUGAAUCCUCGAUCCUCCUUCUCCAUUCCUCCAGUCCUCAGCCCUGCCGCCCACCUUCCUCCUCUCUGUGGCCCUGUCAGCUAUCGCAGACUCGCAGCGACGCACGUCAAGCAGCGCUCCAGACUUGCAGUUGCAGAGUUGAGGUCAGCAUUCGCGAAUCGCUCCGGUCUUAGAUUUGCACGGGAGACUUGAACCAUUUUCUCCUCCUUUUGUAUAGAGUAGGAUUAUCAAAUAUAAGGAGUACAAUUCAAAUUAGCUUUUGAACUGAAUUACAUACGGAGUGUGAUCGAAAUCCAUAUUGGGCCGUAGGCAAGUGUGACCCGAUAAAGCUCACUUCUCAUUUGAUUCUUAUUGUUCGUUGAUCUAUCUUGAUGACACAGAAACAAGCAAAGGUACCAAACAUGGAUUCAUCCUCACUGCUAUUCAGCCAGCUCAAGGCUGCGGAGCCCUUCUUCUUACUCGCUGGUCCCAAUGUGAUUGAAUCUGAGGAUCAUAUUCUUUACAUGGCCAAGCACUUGAAGGCCCUGACUUCCAAACUUGGGCUAAAAUUUGUAUUCAAGUCAAGCUUUGACAAAGCUAAUCGCACUUCCUCCAAAUCAUUCCGUGGUCCUGGCAUGUAUGAAGGUUUGAAGAUCCUUGAAAGGGUGAAAACAAUUUAUGAUGUACCCGUGGUGACUGAUGUUCAUGAAAGCAUUCAGUGUGAAGCAGUGGGGAGGGUUGCUGAUAUAAUUCAAAUUCCUGCUUUCUUAUGCCGGCAGACAGACCUCCUUGUUGCAGCUGCCAAGACUGGCAAAAUAAUCAAUAUCAAGAAAGGGCAGUUUUGUGCACCAUCUGUCAUGUUAAAUUCUGCUGAAAAGGUCAGAUUGGCUGGAAAUGACAAUGUAAUGGUAUGCGAGAGAGGCACCAUGUUUGGCUAUAAUGACUUGAUAGUUGAUCCACGGAACUUAGAAUGGAUGAGGGAAGCAAAUUGUCCAGUGGUGGCUGAUAUAACACAUUCUUUGCAACAACCUGCUGGAAAGAAGUUGGAUGGGGGAGGUGUUGCUAGUGGCGGUCUUCGUGAAUUGAUUCCUUGCAUUGCCAGGACAGCCGUUGCUGUAGGAGUGGAUGGGCUUUUUAUGGAGGUGCAUAAUGAUCCUCUAAAUGCUCCAGUAGAUGGUCCUACACAGUGGCCUCUUCGCCAUCUGGAAGAACUGCUGGAAGAGCUAAUCGCAAUCAGUGGGGUUAGCAAAGGGAAGAAACCAUUCAAACUUGAUCUCACCCCAUUCCGUGAUUAAAUUUCGGGAUUGUGAGAAGAAUCCACAUGCGAAAAUAUACGGAAUAUACGUCCAUUGGUCGUAUAAUGCAUACUGCUGCUGCAAGGGAAAUAGCUGCAAAAUUUUGAUUGUCUGAACAAUUUAAUUUAACUAGUAUUGUACCCGUGCGAUGCACGGGACAAUAAUAUGUUUGUAUUUUUUGCGUCAUUAUUUUAAAGUAAUUAUAAAGAUAUGCUAAUAGUCAAGUUCCUUAGAAAUUAGAAUGAUUUAAUGUUAAAAAAAUACUCCCUAUAUUAUGAUGUAUAAAUAUUGCGAUAAAAUAGUACUCCGUAUGGGAUCGGGGUUGAAUUUAAAAAAGAAAGAAAAACAUUCACCAAAAUGACCAAAU